AGAGCGCGCAGGGAGCUCGAGAAUGAUAUGCCGCUGACAAGCUGGGAGAAGAUGGCCUGUGGAUAAUCACUCUCAGUCCGACGACUCACCGACAUUUCGAAAUGUCUUGGAAGUGUGUGAUAGUCGGUCUGGUUCUGGUUGUUCCAGGAACUCUUCUCGUCGCUGAAGGUCGAUUUAACAGCGGGAGAAGUCAAGACAGUAAUGAUGAUGGGAUCCUUGCACUGCUAAAACGCUUCAACAAAGACCAGCGUAUGCUGGAGCGAUACAGCGCGGGUGAAUCUGUGGAACCAGGUGACCAAUAUGGGGAAGAUGAUGACUACAAUAAUGGACUUGCACCAGUAGGAAUAGCGCAAAAGCAAACGUUAGAGAGAACCACCAGAUCAAUUCCAGUGCGAGAAGUCAAGCUUCCGAUGUCUGACAACGAUGACAGGAAAGAGCCACUUGCUCUUCCAGUCAUUGCAACCAAGGCAUCAAAUCAGCAACAAGGGGUUGACUCAUCUGGUCAUGUGGCUAGCAGUAGCAUCAUAUUUAUCAUGACGGUGGCAGCAAGCAGUGUAGCAGCUGCAAUCGGAAUCAUCAUGGCAGGCGUCUGCUGGUACAAGUACCACAAAAGUAAGAAAGCAGCCACAAGUGUGGAGUACCCAGCUUAUGGGGUCACUGGCCCCACAAAAGACCGCCUCCCUUCCCCAGGUGACAGGAAGUUGGCACAAAGCGCACAAAUGUACCACUAUCAGCACCAGAAGCAGCAGAUGAUUGCUAUGGAGAAAGCUAAUGGUGAUAUGAAACAUGAUGCAUCUGAUGACGAGUCGGAAGAAGACAACGUGGAGGGUGACUACACUGUCUAUGAAUGCCCUGGUCUUGCACCGACAGGAGAGAUGGAGGUCAAGAACCCUCUUUUUCGAGGGGAGGACACUCCCAGCACCCCAAAUAAUGAUGACACCCAGCGGCCAGCUGGGGGCAACUAGGACAACUGGGUGGCAGCAAGAGUCGGCUUCUGCACCAUGACCUCUGUCCUCUCUUCAAAUAGGGAGCACCUGUGGUUAUCACCAUGGCAACAGUUUCUUCCCCUCCCCUCAACCAUGACGGCUGUUUUUCCCUCCCCUUGUUUUUCCCUCUCUUGCCCUAGUCCUGUGUUUCAACUCUUACCCGUCUUGUGAACCUUUGUGUGGUGACAGUAAUUGUCCAGACAAGCAUAUAUAUGUACAUAUAAAUGUAUCUUUCUCCAUGGAAAUGAGACAUCCACAUUCCUGCAUUUGUUUUAAGCCUUCUCUUGGUUUGAGAAAUGUUUGUAAGGACAACUGAUUGUUUUACAGAGUUUUUCCUUAUUUUUCAAUUCUGGUGAUGGAUAAUUUUGUUUUAUUUUUGGUAAGGAUUUUACUUUUACAGUGUGCUUUUGCACAGUAAUACAGAUGGUUCUUCUGUACUUUUUUAAAGAGCGGGACCUUUUGUUGAUCAAGUGACAGUAUUCUCAAAGACUUGUUUAGAUUUGGGGUGGGGAAAGUCAUGAAAUCCUGAAGUAUCCAUACAGAUUUAACAGCCACACAUAGAACUUCACAUUCCACUUGCCUCAUGGUACUUGUAGUUCCAGAUUAUCUGCGAUAUAAAAGAUGAAGUGUGUGCACAAACACUUAACAGUUAUUUAUUUAUCAAGAUGGGUACCAUGAUUGUCCAUACUUUUUUUAUCUAGUACAUUCUGGAAUAAGGAAAAAUAACUUGUACUUCUUGACAAGGGACUCGUGAUGCCUAGGUAAGAUUUGAAGAUUUUUACUUAUUUCAAAUUUCUACAUCUUUCCAUGACAGUGAUGCUGAAUCGGACCUUUUCACUCAUGACCAACUUAAGCAUUUAACCAUUCAAUUUAAGCAUUUACUUUUUUUGCAUUGAUGUAUUAUUCUGAGGUCAGUAGAAACAGUAGGUUUAUGGGGCUUUGUGUUUCUUGUCCUAAUUUGACUGCAAUAGAGAAUGUUAUUUAAAGAUGUGAAUUCAGCCAGAAAAAAAUGACUUGUCACCAGUUUGUAGUGUUUAUCUUUAACUUUGAGCAGUAGGAUUUUCUCUCCCCACCCACCUUCCUCUGUGCGUGCAUGCACACAAUUUUUUUUGUUUUUGUGGUGAUGGUAUGCCUCAUUCCAUGCUGUACCAACAUUUCAUCUGCCUGUAUUUAUUUAUUAAUGUUGAUAUAAAUACAUAUGUACAGAAGUUGACAUGGAUUAGGGGUAUUCAGAUCUCUAAUGUUACAAAGCAAUGCAGAUUCUGUUGUAAUGAGUUACGACAAUACUUCCUGAAGUAAUCUGACUGAUAAAAUGGAGAUCUACAAAAUCAGAGUUUCAUAUUUGCUUAUGUUCCAGUUUGUUUCUGCAGCAUUUUCGUUGAGUUUUAUCCCUUUAUUUAUUGUUGUUUUUGUUUAAGUCGGUCGAAGAUGUGGACCUGCAUAGACAUUACAGACAGAUCUCAGAAACAUUACUGAGUCAAAAAGGGAUCUUAAUACUAGUUAAAUGCUGCUAUAACUGUAUUGCUAAAGCAGCCUAAAACCGAUCAUACCAAGGUUGUGCCAACAGGGAGUCCUGCAAGAACUAAUUAAUGCAAUAAUGUGUUGUUAAAUAUGCAGGAUUUUAAAAUAGACUAUUGAAAUUGUUGUUGAUUGUCACGAUGACAAUGUUUGAUUGAUCAUGAUGGCAUGUAGAAAUGCAGCAGAGGGGCUUCUCUGUGUUGAGUUUUUUUUUUCAAAUUCAUUUUGCAUUUGAGGAGGAGUAAUGGUCUCAGACCCUUUUUUUAAGUUUCCAUGACCAGCAGCUGGAGAAAUUGGUAAACUGCAUUCUGUUCACCUCCAAAGUUUAAAGCAGCAGUUGGAUACUUUUUAAAAAUAUAUUCUACAGAAAAUAGAUGGGUGACCAAUAUGUGUCUUUUUAAACCCAGGUGGGCUUUUUUCAUUUACAUUUCUGUUUCUGCAUUUACUAGAGAUCAGACUUUGGCUGUAAAAAGCUCAACACAGACUUGGAAAUAUUGUACAUAGUGUUGAUACAUAUGGUCACAAUUUUAUGCUGCAUUUCUAGGGAUUUGUGAUUGUUUGGAGGGUCCAAAACUAAGACAUCAGCUAAGAAAACUGCACUUCUGAAAGUUAACGAGUUAGCAUAAUGAGCAUGACAUCUCUGUUCUGCAAGACAAAACACAACUGAGUAAAGUUUCUUUUGGUUUUGUGACUGUUGCUGUCAAGAUUUCAACAGACCUAGUUUCUUUCCUUUAGGAAUAGACCAUGUAUGCACCAUUAGCCUAGGUUUUUGUGACCUCUAGCCAUCGCCUACCCUACACAUACACACCCCACUUUGUCAGUGUCUAUGGGCAGAUCUUUGUGCUCAGAGCCACCCAUUUACCUGUCUACUGCAAAGUUACAACUUGGAGGUAUGGUUCUGAACUCCACCAAAAAUGUGAAAGAAAGCUUUCUCCAAUGGACCCUGGUAUCUCAGCAAUAUGAAAUAAAACUUUCAGUAGUGCA